AUGUCGGCCACUGCGGCUCGUCCUGACCCGUUCCGCCCGGCCAAGAGGGUCGCCGGCCAGAAGCAAGAUGUCUGGUCCAUUGUCAAUGAGGCCGCAGCCGCUUCCCCCGUUCAGCCCAUCGUGAACAUGGGCCAGGGGUUCUUUGGCUACAACCCUCCCAAGUUUGCUCUCGAUGCGGCCAAGGAAGCUCUCGAUCGCGUUGAAUGCAACCAAUAUUCUCCGACCAAGGGACGCCCUCGUCUCAAGCAAGCCCUUGCAGAUGCCUACUCCCCCUCCUUCGGCCGUACUCUCAACCCUGACACCGAGGUCGUCGUCACUACAGGAGCAAAUGAAGGUAUGCUAAGCGCCUUCAUGGGCUUUAUCGAGCCUGGCGACGAGGUUAUCGUCUUCGAGCCAUUCUUCGAUCAAUACAUCAGCAACAUUGAAAUGCCCGGUGGUACCAUCCGCUAUGUCCCACUCCAUCCCCCCAAGGAUGGUGCUACACGCACUUCCUCUGCCGCGGAGUGGACUAUCGAUUUUGAAGAGCUGGAGAAUACUAUCAACUCGAAGACGAAGAUGAUUGUUCUGAACUCGCCUCACAAUCCUGUCGGCAAAGUCUUCUCACGCGCCGAACUCGAGCGCAUUGGUGAGCUGUGUGUGAAACACAACCUGAUCAUCCUGUCGGACGAAGUCUACGACCGUCUUUACUACGUUCCGUUCACCCGCAUUGCUACUUUGUCCCCGGAGCUUUACGAGCGCACGCUUACCGUCGGCUCGGCUGGUAAGGCCUUUUAUGCCACCGGUUGGCGUGUGGGCUACCUCAUCGGACCCGAGCACCUAAUCAAGUAUGUGUCCGGCGCUCACACCCGCAUCUGCUACAGCAGUGUGUCGCCACUGCAAGAAGCCGCUGCAGUGGCUUUCGAACAGGCAGACAAGGUUGGUUUCUGGGAUCAGAGCAGGACCGAGAUGAAGGCGAAGAUGGAGCGUUUCUGUCAGGUCUUCGACGAACUCAAUAUUCCUUACUCGGAUCCUGAGGGUGGAUACUUUGUCCUCGCAAACAUGGCCUCCGUGAAGUUGCCCGAAGAUUACCCAUUCCCUCCCCAUGUGGCCAGCCGACCUCGCGACUUCAAGCUCUGCUGGUUCCUCAUCCACGAGGUUGGCGUUGCCGCCAUUCCUCCCACUGAAUUCUACACCGAUGCCAAUGCUCACAUUGCCGAGGAUUACCUCCGUUUUGCCGUUUGCAAGAACGACGAUGUGCUCGAGACCGCCAAGGAGAGACUUCGGGGCUUGAAGAAGUAUAUCAAGCAGUAA